AUGUCAGGCCCCGGGCAGCGGGAGCCGCCGCAGGCGGGCGGGCCGGCGGGCCCCGAGGGCGCGGACGCGGCGCUGGGCGAGGCGGGGCAGAGUUUCACGACCACCGACCUGAGCCUUGUGGAGAUGACCGAGAUCGAGUACAGGCAGCUGCAGCACAUCCUCUACUCGCACGUGGAGGAGGCGGCGGCCGACGGCGAGCUGGAGACGCGUCUCAACUCGGCCUUCCUGGCGGCGGCGGCGCCGGGCGCGGCGGCCGGGGGCUUCGCGGCGGCGAGGGGCGCGCCGCCCGUGUACCCGGUGCUGUGCCCGCCUGCGCUGGCCGAUGGCAGCUUCGCCGGCGCCAACCAGUGCCUGGGCCACAUCGACUUCCAGGAGCUGCGCAUGAUGCUGCUGAGCGAGGCGGGCGCGCCCCCCGCCGCCGAGAAGACGCCGGGCGCCGACGGCCCGGGCGCCGGCACAACCCGGCCCAAGGCGCCCGACGGCGCCGGCAAGGAGAACGUGGAGGGCGCGCCCGAGACGCGGGCCAAGUCGGCCGUGCGCGUCCGCCUGGAGGACCGCUUCAAUAGCAUCCCACCCGAGCCCCCGCCAGCCCCGCUGGUUACAAAAGCACUAAAUUCCUUCAUGGUGACAUCUGCUUCUUGUGACCAGCAGUAA